UAACCUUUAGAUUCAUCCAUGGCCUCUGUAUCAUCUUCAAUUUCUUCAGGGUUAAGGACCUUAAGUCGUGGUGAUGAAAAUGGCUACGUGGACAUUGAUUGGGACACAUUAGGAUUUGGGCUAACAAGUACAGAUUACAUGUACAAGAUGAAAUGUUUCAAAGACGAGGAAUUUGCGGAAGGUAAACUAAUUCCAUAUGGAAACAUCGAGCUGAGUCCUGCUGCUUGUGUCUUGAAUUAUGGCCAGGGUAUAUUUGAAGGAAUGAAGGCAACAAGGAGAGAAAAUGGGAAGAUUGUUUUUUUCCGACCAGAUGGAAAUGCGUUACGCAUGAAAAAAGGCGCCGAAAGAAUGUGCAUGCCUUCGCCUUCAGUUGAUCAGUUUAUUGACGCAGUUAAACAAACUGCUCUUGCUAAUAAACGUUGGAUUCCACCACCAGGGAAAGGUUCACUAUACAUUAGACCUUUGCUCCUAGGAACCGGAGCAACACCGAGUGUGGCUCCAGCUACUGAGUACACAUUCCUCAUUUAUGCAUCUCCAGUUCGUAAUAACUAUUUUAAGGAAGAGAGAGCGGCCUUGAAUUUGUAUGUCGAGGAUCAAUUUGAUCGUGCUUCUCGUGGUGGUGUUGGUGGUUUGAAAUCGAUUACCAACUAUGCGCCAGGUAUGAAACCAUUGACAAAAGCGAAAAACAAUGGAUAUUCAGAUGUCUUGUACCUUGAUUCCGUGACCGGGAAAUAUGUAGAGGAAGUCUCUGCUUGUAAUAUAUUUAUUGUAAAGGACAAAAUAAUCUCAACUCCACCAACAAAAGGCACAAUUCUCCCAGGAGUGACGAGAAAAAGCAUGAUCGAAAUUGCUCGAGACCAAGGUUUUAAGGUUGAGGAGCGUCAGAUUGCAGUGGAAGAAUUGCUCGAAGCAGAUGAAGCUUUCUGCACCGGAACUGCUGUCGCGGUUGUUCCUGUGGGUAGCAUUACUUACCAAGGCAAAAGGGUAGAAUACCGGGCAGCAGACACCAAUUCGAUGUUUAAGAAACUGUUGUCAAUAUAUGUUGGCAUUCAAAAUGGCCAAAUUGAAGACAAGAAGGGUUGGAUAGUUGAAAUUAAUUAAGGUGUACUUUUAUAUUGUUUCAUUAACAUGAAGUUGGAAAUGUAAUUGGUAGUUUGAUCAAAACAUUCAUUGUGUUGUUUUGCAAGUUUUAUUCAUAAGUUAAAGAUUAGAGUUUCCGUAUCCAUUAGUGGUAGUAUAGUCAUUUUCAUAAACUUUGUGCUUGUGGAGGAAUUCUUAACUUAUAGUAGUAGUUGGGACUUGGAAUAAGGAAGAUUUGCGACUUACAACCUUUUGUAUAAGUGACUUUGUCAAUUGCAAUAUUUUCAAACAAAUUGUAUUUACGACCUUUGAAACAAAAUCAUCUGAA